ACACACAUGGAAACACCCAUAUCACACAAUUAUCAAAAUCCCCAAAAUCAAAACCCGCGAACAAAACUUACACACGAUCCCACCAAUCCGUUGACCUAUAAAUCUUUCAAUCCAACACAACCCCUCUUAAUUUCCCGAUCAAUCCACACAAUUCAAGUAAGUAUCCUAUUCAAUCUACUCCAAUAAUCCACUUUUCACGAUCUUUACAAUCCUCUGUUUGAUCAAUCGAAUCGAAUCAAUUUGUAAUUUUGCACAGACACCAUGUAUAGCAAUUUCAAAGAACAAGCCAUUAUCUACGUAAAGCAAGCGGUAGAAGAAGACACAGCUGGGAAUUACGCAAAAGCUUUAACUCUUUACAUGAACGCUUUAGAAUAUUUCAAGACCCAUUUGAAAUACGAGAAGAAUCCGAAGCUAAAAGAGGCAAUUACACAAAAGUUUACUGAUUAUUUGAGGAGGGCUGAGGAGAUUAGGGAUGUGUUGGAAGGUGGGGGAGGGGGGAAACCUGGAUCUAAUGGUGGAGAAACAGGGGUUGCAACGAAACCGAAAUCGGGUAAGAAGGGUGAUGGGGAUGGUGGGGAAGAUGCUGAGGUGAGUAAGCUUAGAUCGGGGCUUGAUUCGGCGAUUAUUCGGGAGAAACCGAAUGUUAAGUGGAAUGAUGUGGCGGGGCUUCAAGGUGCUAAGCAGGCGUUGCAGGAAGCGGUUAUUUUACCCGUGAAGUUCCCGCAGUUUUUCGUUGGGAAGAGAAGGCCAUGGAGAGCCUUUUUAUUAUACGGACCACCCGGAACCGGAAAGUCCUACUUGGCUAAAGCUGUCGCAACUGAAGCUGACUCAACGUUCUUCAGCAUUUCUUCUUCAGAUUUGGUUUCGAAAUGGAUGGGAGAAAGUGAAAAAUUAGUUUCGAAUUUAUUCCAAAUGGCUCGAGAAAGCGCACCUUCUAUUAUUUUCAUUGACGAAAUUGACUCGUUGGUUGGUCAACGUGGUGAAGGCAACGAGAGCGAAGCAUCUCGUCGUAUCAAAACCGAACUUCUUGUCCAAAUGCAGGGUGUUGGGAAUGAUGAUAAGAAAGUCCUUGUUCUUGCAGCUACAAACACACCAUACUCGUUAGAUCAGGCCAUUAGGCGAAGAUUUGACAAGCGGAUUUAUAUUCCUCUACCAGAUCUUAAGGCAAGACAACACAUGUUUAAGGUACACCUUGGAGAUACGCCUCACAGCCUAACUGAUCGUGAUUUUGAGCAAUUGGCAUAUAAAACCGAAGGAUUCUCUGGUUCGGAUAUUGCUGUUUGUGUAAACGAGGUCCUGUUUGAACCGGUACGUAAAACCCAAGACGCAAUGUUCUUCAUAAAAAAACCGGAUGACACUUGGGUGCCAUGUGGACCCCGCCAUCCGGGCGCUAUUGAGAUCACUAUGCAGGAUCUAGCAACUCGUGGCGAGGCAUCAAAGAUCAUUCCGCCACCGAUAUCAAGAACCGAUUUUGAUAAAGUGUUGGCACGACAGAAACCGACUGUAAGCAAAACAGACCUUGAAGUACAUGACAGAUUUACAAGAGAGUUUGGAGAAGAAGGCUGAUGAUUGAAUAAAAGUAAAUACUAAAAAAUGUUUAUAUAUUUUAUAAAAGUUGAUAAAUGAUUUAUGUUUUUGGGUGAUUUUAAAAUUUAAACUUACAUUCCUUGCUUCAAGGGAUGUUCGGUGUAUUUCGGUAUAUAUGAUUUUUCGACAAAUGCAUACAUCAAAGUUAGUACCACCA